AGCUGUCCUGUCACCACACGUUCCACCACCGGUGCCUCGGCGCGUGGCUCGCGAAGCACCCCACCUGCCCCCUCUGCCGGUGCGAGGCCAUCCAGGCUGACGCGGCCAUCCAGAGGCUCCUUGCCGACGUCCAGGCCAGCGUCGCCCCUGGCCGCCACAAUCACGAGGAGUUCGUGCCUUUGCUGGAGCAGCUGGGCUCGCUCGCCCGCAACGAGCGUUUCGCGAGGGCGUGCGCCGACCAAGGCUGUCGCUGCUUGGCCGAACUGGCUGGCGCAUGCCAGUGCACGACUGCUCGGACUAUGAUAUUGGAGGUGUUCUUGGCGUUGUCGCUCCACGACGACUUGCACACCUAUAUCGAGGCCACUCGGCAGGCGCUCUUCGUGGUCCUUGAGGAGACGUUGAGGCAUGGCCAUCCGCCACUGCGCGCAGCGAGCUGUGGCUUGUUGUGGAACCUGGCCAUACCAGGCCCCACGAAAGCCCCGGCACUCUGCUCGGAGCUCUGCAGAUUCGCGACCGCCGUCGCGGCCCUCGUCGCCGACGGCGACCCCAUGGUCGCGCGCUGCGCCUCGCGGGCCAUCUGGUUCCUCGCCCGUUUUCCAGCCAGGGCGAGGUGGCUCCUGGAGAGGCAGGAGAUCCUGGCGAACCUGCUCGCGUCCAUCGCACAGCUGGGCACAGCCAGCGGGGAGCUUUCCUGGCUUCUGGACGCGGUGUCUCAGUGCCUGGAGCAAGUACCUCCGUGGGAUGUCGCAUCUUACGAGGACCUGGGAGACCUGUGCGAGCUCUACCUGUCCCUGCUCCCCGCGCUGUUGCCUGCCGAGGCGGCGGUGGGCCGCAGCGUGCACCGCGCAGCGCUGCUCCUGUCCAGGCUGACCCGUGGGCGCAAUCCCGAGGCCUGGUACGCGCUCCUGGCGCGAGAGGGCCGCCUCGGCGCCGUCUUGCGCGGGGAGCCCGCGGACGCGGGCGAGGCCACUGCGGCCGCCGCCGCCUUCCGCAGCUCGCGUGCCGCGGCUGUCGGAGUCGUCUGGAACCUCGCGAUGAGCAAGGAGAGCACUGCCGCCCGCUGGCGGAACGUGUGCUGCCGGGGCUGCUGGAGACUGCUGGCGAGCGCGGGGCGCUCGACGCCGUGA